UCUGCCAGAGCCCAUAGCAGUGCUAGCCUUCACUCCUGGAGCUGGUCUCCAAACGUCUGUCUCUCAUCCCCAACUCCUGCUUCUCUCCCUGGGUUCAGACCUGGUGACCAAGCCCCUCCUAACCCUCCAGGGGAGACCCAAGACCUUUCCUUUUCCUGGGAUUCUAUCGUCUUCUGAUACAAACCUUUACGUGCUGAACUUUAAUACAUAUUCACGGCAGUGGACUGAGGCGUCGAGGGAGGACAUAAGCUGCAGGCAGUCCAGGUGGUUGGCGGGCAGAUCGUCCAGAGGAGGGGCAGAGCCCGGGAAACGAAGCUGACCUUGGAGAAGAGGCAGAGCUCAUCUCCCUGAAAGAGCGCAUGGCCCUGUACCAGGCUGCAGUGACCAAGAGAGAGCCCAGCUCAGCUACGGGGGUGAUGGAGGAGGAGGCAUGUUCGCUGCCUGGGGGGCUGGCCAGCGUGAAGAAGCAGUUUGAGACUCACAAGGUCUCCGCUUCCUCUCAGAGCGCCGUCACACACGUCCACUACCAGCAGAGAACCGUCCAGGAAAUGUCCAGCUCAUCAGAGGUAGUGGUGAGGACCAGCAUCAGAGAGGUCGUCCCUGGCGACCAGCAGGUGACCGCCCAUCAUGAUCAGCAGAUGACUCAUGAUCAAAGAGUCCAGCAUAUGAAUGUGGCCUCCGGUUAUGACGACCAUUAUGAUGAAACAGUGGUCAGGGUCAUUGGAAGGGAGGAUUUGCCAAAAGUCUCCACUCAAGCUUUGAAGCAGCAGUAUGAAAAGACGAUUGAGGAUGCUGCACCAAGCAAGCAAAUUAAGAUUGAUCUGGACUUCAACCAGUUUCAGUGGGCACCAGUCACCCAGUCCUCCCAGGAAUCCAGCUAUGAAAGUUUGUCCGCUACAAGGACAGCUGCUGCCUCUUCAUCCGUCUCUGCCUCUGCCUCUGCCUCAGCCGUAGCUUACGAGAGCAUGGAACACUUCCCAGCUUCUCCCCCAGACCUAGAGCAGGUGCCGGAAGAUAUCCUCGAGCACUCCUCCUCCCUGCAGUCCCACCUCCAGGCCUCCCAGCAGAAGUAUGCCAUGACCAAGGAGCAGCUGAACAAGCAGAAGAGCUACAAGGAGCUGAAGCGGCUCUGCAAACACGUCCACCCAGAGGUCCGCGACAACCUGGAGAGGGACUUCUUUAGCGAUGUCACAGAGAGAGACAUCUCUCACCUGGACAGCGAGGAGGAAGUGAGCGGGGACUUUCAGCAGGCCUGCUACGUGUUCGAGAACAACGGGAGCAGCCCCGGUAAAUGCAUGAGCCCCGAGCGAGAGUACCUGGAGUGGGACGAGAUCCUGAAAGGCGAGGUGCAGUCCAUGCGCUGGAUGUUCGAGAACAAGCCGCUGGACUCCAUCAAGGACGACACCCCGGAUGAAAAUGACACGAAGAACAUCGCCCAGCAUGAGAUCAUUGCCGGGAAGGACGUCAGGUACGCCACGUGGAUGUUCGAGACCCAGCCCAUGGAUGCCCUGGGAACAGAGACCCCUGAUCCCACGGACCUGACUGGGAAGCAGGCAGAGCUGGCCAGGGGAGACGUCCGGACCGCCACCUGGCUGUUCGAGACCCAGCCGCUGGACAGCAUGAACAAGAUCUACCAGGAGGACGAACAGACCAUGGAGGUCGUGUUCACCAAGGACAUCACGGGAGGGGACGUGAAAACCGCCAGGUACCUGUUUGAAACGCAGCACCUGGACUCACUGAGCCAGACCGAGACCAUCGACGAGAGCCGCUUCCUAAACCUGAAGUCGGAACUGGAGGAGAUCAAAGGAGAGGUGAAGACGACCACGAGGAUGUUUGAAACGUACCCGAUGUGUGUCAUCCGGGGAGACUCCGGCCAGAUGUUGGAGAUCACCACCAUCCGGAGGGAGGAGACGGCGAAGGGGGACGUGAAGACCUCCCGCUGGCUGUUUGAGACCCAGCCUCUGGACAUGAUCAACAAGGACCCUGCCAUGGUCAAGCUCAUCUGCGGCGUCUCUAUGGAGGACCACCCUCAGGGGGGAGUGAACAGGGGCAGGUGGCUGUUCGAGACCAAGACCCUGGACUCCAUUAAAGACGAGGAGUGGGAGAUGUCCAGGACACGGCGGGAGGACGUCAUCGGGGCGGACGUGAGGAAGCAGUGUCUGGUGUUUGAGACGCAGCCGAUGGACUCUCUGAAGGACGAUGCCAACGCCAGGCCUUUGCCCUCUGAGGAGAUUGUGGGAGGGGAUGUGCGCUCAGCAAAACAUCUGUUUGAGACAGUGCCGAUGGAGAACCUGAAGGAUCUGCCUGAAGUGGGCAAACUCCAAAAGACUGUGGCAGCGGAGGACGAGAGAGGUGACGUCAGACACCAGAAGUGGGUUUUCGAAAGCCAGCCCCUGGAGAACAUAAGGGAGGAGAGGAAAGAGAUCACAAGGACUGUGAACAUCGAAGCUCUUGACAAAGGGGACGUUUCGAAUUACAAGGAAAGGUUCGAGACUCUGGAUUUGAGCAAAUGUGAGGGGACUCAGAGAAUACAAGUUGAAGGUGUUACAAGUGGGUCUGUGAAAACCAACAAGGUUCUGUUUGAAUCCACUCCCACGUACGCAAUGCAAGAUAGCUCGGGUCACUACCACGAAGUUAAAACCGUGCGACGUGAAGAAAUCGUGAAAGGAGACGUCAGAAGCUGCAGGUGGAUGUUUGAAACUCGUCCCAUCGAUGAAUUUGACGAGAGCAUCAACAAAUUCCAGAUCAUAAAAGGUAUAUCGAAAGAGGAAAUCGAAUCCGGUGACGUCAAAACAGCUAAGUGGUUGUUUGAAACGCAAUCUCUUGACGCCAUCAAAUCUUUCAGUCACACUGAAGGGGAAAAACACAAGGAGACUAAGAAGGGUGUGAAAAUCGAGAAAGGCGACGUGAAGACCUGCCGGUGGCUGUUUGAGACUCAGCCCAUGGAUGUCCUGUACGAAAAGGCGGAAGUGAAGAACGAAAGCGAGGUUCAGGAGGUCCAGAAAGGAGACGUCAAAACGUGCACGUGGCUCUUCGAGACCCAGACGCUCGACAACAUCCGUGACCACACAGAGUCGGAGUCCCAGACGAUGCUGAGAACGUGCACGGUGAACCAGGAGGACGUCCACGGGAAGGACGUCCGGCUCGCUCGCUUCCUGUUCGAGACGGAGAACCUGGACAACAUCACAGGCGAGGACGCCAGCUCCUUCAGGAGAUUGACCAAGAUCGACAUCGAGUCCGGGGACGUCUCCAGGAUGAAGUACGUCUUCGAAAACCGUUCGUCAGACAUCAUGACCUCCACCUCGGAGGAGACCAUGCAGAAGCUGAAGACUCUUAAGGCUGACGACAUCCAGAAAGGAAAUGUGGUGAACUGCACGUGGCUGUUCGAGAACCAACCGAUUGACGCCAUCAGGGAGAACCCAGAGGAGGGCAGGGACACCCGCACGGUCACCGACGUCCAGGGGGGGAAUGUCGACAAAGGCCGCUUCAUUUUCGAGACGUACUCCCUGGAUCAAAUUCAGAAGGAAUCCACUGAGACGGAGAUUUCCAACCUCACCAGCAUCAUCAGAGAUGAGAUUGAGCGAGGGGAUGUGAAAAACUACACCAUGCUGUUUGAAACCCAGCCACUUUAUGCCAUUUGUGACAAGGAAGGACACUAUCACGAGGUGACCACUGUCACCAAAGAAGAAAUCAUGAGGGGAGAUGUUGUGGGGGCUCGCUGGCUGUUUGAGACCAAACCUCUGGACUCAAUACGGGACACAGAAGAGGUCUACGUGAUCAAAGCUGUGACGGAGGAGGGCAUCAACAAGGGUGACGUCAGCUCCGCGCGUUGGAGGUUUGAAACGCAACCUCUGGAUGAAAUAUCCGAGGACAUGAAAGUGCAGACUAAGACCGUCGAGGACAUUCAGGGAGGCGAUGUCAGAACGAACAAACAACGCUUUGAAUGUGACGAUACGUCCCAGAAGUACGUGAGGACCGUCAGCGUGAGCGAGAUCCAGAAAGGCGAUGUCAGGAGCGCCACGUGGAUGUUCGAAACGCGCACGAUCGACAAGAUCCACGCAGGGGGAUCCGAGUAUGAAGAAAUGGAGAAGGUGACGAAGGAGGAAGUGAUGAAAGGAGACGUGAAGCAGUCCGUGUGGCUGUUCGAAAAGGAGCCCCUCGACAGAAUCAAAGAGUCAGACGGGACAGAGACGGUUGCCACGCGUGAGGAGAUCCCAGCGGCUGACGUUAAAACCACAACGUGGCUUUUUGAAAGCACUCCGUUCCACGAGUUCAACGACAGCAGCGUGGAGAAGACUAAAAUAAUGGGGAAGAGCAUCAAAAGCACUCUGGAGGAGCUGUACUGUCAGAAAAUGGUGGAUUCCCAGGGGAUCCUCAUCGAGGCUGACGAGAUAGGGGACGUGAGGAUGGCGAAGUUUAAGCUCCUGAAUCAAGACGCCCCAGAGAUCCAAAGAGAGGAGAUCAUCAGGGGGGAUCUGAACAACAUCAUGAUGAAUCUCCUGAACCGACGGGAGAGCACUGAGAAGGGCAUCGUCGUCGACAAGGAGGAAAGAGGAAACAUCAACACCACAGUGAAGCAGCUGUUCACCCAGGAGAAGGGAGUCUCUGCGGAGAAGGAGGAAAUCAUACGAGGGGAUAUUCAAGAGGCCAUAAACAACCUGCUCCGUGAAGAGGGCUCGUCCAAACGAGGGAUUCUCAUUCAGGAAGAUGAAAAGGGGGAUGUGAGGAUGACCAUCUACUCCCUGCUCAAUAAAGAAGACGGGGCAGGCCUUGAAAGGGAGGAUGUUGUUCAGGGAAACGUAAGAGGGACUCUUCACAGGCUCCUGUCCAACCCGGGGUCAGAGGACUCCAAAAAGAUCAAAGUAGGAGACACAGAGAGGGGUAACGUCAGCUUUUAUUCCACCUGUAUUGAGUCAGGGGCUUUAGAUUACCUCAAACAGCUUCAGUUCGAACCCAACGAGACCCCGGAAAAGAGAGAGAAGGAAAAGAUCAUUGGAGGGGACGUUUUUGAAACCAAACUCACACUGACAAGAAACCAACAGCAGAUUGGACGCACCGUGGCAGAGGACGACAUUGUCCCCGGGGACGUCCACAGCACCGUGAAGGUGUUCAUGACCCAAUCAGCUCUUUCUCUGACCAACCUGCAGAAAGAGGAGAUUGUGAAGGGGGAUCUGAGAGGAGCCCUGGACUCGCUCACUCAAGCUAUCAACCAGAGAGUGGAGGUGGAGAAGGAGGAGGUGGUGAAGGGAGAUAUCCCAACUGCUCUGCGGUCUCUGGAGGAGGCCCAACACCAGGCCAAGGAGAUGGAGAAGCCAGAGAUCGUCCGUGGUGACAUCAGAGGGGCACUUCAGUCGCUGGAGAAGUCUGUCACGACCAAAACAGAAGUCACAGUGGAAGAUUUAGUGCCGGGUGACAUCAAGGGCACCCUUAAGUCCCUGGAGGAGGCCAAACAAUCUGUGAAAGAGGUGGAGAGGGAGGAGGUAGUCAGAGGGGACAUUCACACCGCGCUGCAGAGUCUGCAAGAGGCCUCGACGGAGAAAAAGGUUUUCCAACACCAAGUGAGUGAACAGGGGGAUGUGAGAGGGACAAUUCAGCUGUUGCUCGAACCCUCAACCUCCCCGCGCAUGCAGCGCAGGGGCAGCACCGAGGGAGACGUGAAGACCUCCAUAAAAUCCUUGUACGAAGGGCAGGAACAAGCGCAGGCGGAGAGAGAGCAGGUGUUGAAAGGAGACGUCCAGAGGACCAUAAAGUGUCUGAUGCAAAGAAAGCAGUAUUCUAACCCUAAACGCAUGUAUCCUCCCAAGAAGGGCAGAGCGACGGCAAGAAAUCCAGCACAGCCAGCAGAGCAUAAAUGCUCGCAUGCGGCUCAGAAGACUGAGGGGGAAGCAGUCAAUCCAGCACCUGCUGUGAAGAACCUGUCUCAGAGCACUGAAUCUCAGAGCUCCGCACACAGGCAUGUGGAGAGCAAAUCAACGAAAAGCAAGACCGUAACCCAGGAUGAUUGUUCUGAGACUGCAGUCAAAACAGUCAACACAACUGAGGAUUCACAACAUAUGAAUGUUAAAGACCAACAGCAUGCGAAACAGAAAAUACCUCCUCCUCCUCCUAAGCCUAUGAUCAUAAAGAAGAAAAACAUGGAUGGAAAAAAGAUGUCUGAAAACAAGUCUGUUAUAGAAAUGAAUGUAGCAGAGGGGGUGCAAAGCACAUCAAAGACAAAUGUGGUUGAGAAACAGACACAGGGAAAAAAGGCUGUCAGGGAGACCCAGGCCAUGGUGAUAGAGCACAAGACCAUCACACAGGAGCACAAGAAUAUCACACAAGAGCACAAGAAUAUCACACAAGAGCACAAGAAUAUCACACAGGAGCACAAGAAUAUCACACAGGAGCACAAGAAUAUCACACAGGAGCACAAGAAUAUCACACAAGAGCACAAGAAUAUCACACAAGAGCACAAGACCAUCACACAAGAGCACAAGAAUAUCACACAAGAGCACAAGAAUAUCACACAAGAGCACAAGACCAUCACACAAGAGCACAAGAACAUCACACAAAAGCAAAGUGUCAAAAACCUAAAAACAGAAGUAAAAACGCAAAAGACGGAUUAUCGCAGUCUUGAAACUAAGGGAAAAGGUUUUAUUAAAAAAGCGAAGCCAGAGAUCCACUUCCCCCCUCCUCCGACGUCUCCCCCGCCACCCUCCGAAUCAGAGCUCUCUCUCCCUCCACCUCCAUCCCCAGAAUCCGGAGGCCUGCUUUCUCCCACAUCUCCCCCCCUGCUCGCGAGACAGGACAGCGACCUCCCUCCCCCGCCCCCUCCACCCCCAGAGGAAUGCCUCAAGUCGGAGCCUGAAUUCUUCCCUCCUCCCCCACCUCCGCCCACCACCCUGAUGGCAGGCCAAGACUUCCUCCCUCCACCACCCUCACAGCAGGAGCUUAACGCCAUGCCCAAGACCGCUCCACCCCCUCCACCCCCUGACAAGGAGAGGAAAGCCACAGGCAGGCCUUUAUUCAAAAUCCCCGAGCCUGAGCCUCCCAAACAGCCUAUACAGGUCAAACCUAAAUGGCAGAAAAAGCAACGUACAGCAACACCCCCUCCUCCUCCACCUGCACAGCCAGUAGUAACUGAGACUGAGUACAAGGAGGUAACUAAAACCCAGGAGGCCAAGACGGAAAUGUCACAGCAGGCAGAAGCCGUAGACACGCAGGUUCAGUCUGAAACCACAGCUGUGUCCUCGGCUAAGGUGCCCUCGGUGACCCCUUUGGCAAAACCGACACAAGAGGAUUUGCCGCGGCCUCCGAAAAAAGUUUUCGUCCCCCAUCUCAAAAUCCCUCCCUCACCUGAGCCCGCCCCUGCGGCUAAACCUCGGCCGUACGCCCGCAAGUUCAAAACCCCCCUCAUGCUUGCGGAGGAGCGAUUCCGCCAGCAAAGAGAGGAGUUAGAGACUAACAAAGUAACAACUCCAACUUCCCCACCGACUAAUAUCCAGAUGCAGGCAUCGACGGUGACCUCCAGUGGAGAUGGAGUCUCCUCAGCGCAGCAAGCGGAGAGGACGGAGGUGAUCGUGGAAUCAACACAAGAGAAGCAAGAGGAAGUUAAAACGACGGCAAGCAUGAGCAAAGCUUCACAUGAGGCCCAGACUAAGAGACCCCCCUCCGAAAUCCCCUUGAACAAGCCCUUGAUUUCUGGGGCGAGAAAGAAAUCAACAACCGAAUCUACAAAUAUUGCCUCUGAUAAAAAGCACGUUGCCGCUAACUCUUCUAUGACCUUUUCAGAAAAACAACUUGCCUCGUUUGAAGCCUCUAAAAAGAGUCAGGAGGUCUCUUCUGCCAAGCAGGAAGCUGUGUCAGUAUCACCAGCCCAGCCUCCUCCUGAAUCCAACAUGAAAGUCCAGUCUGGCUCGAAUCGGAUUACGACGUCUGUAGUUGAACAGCAGAGUUCGAUGAAAGCCAGUUCACACUCUGUUACCUCCACACUGAGCACUGUCCAGGAAAAUAGAAAUCUUCAAAGCCAAUCUGCUCCUCCACCAAAAGCCGAGGAGACAAAGCAUGCUAAUGUCUCCCUCAAGCAGGAGGGGAAAAAAACACCCUCACAGCCCACUAGAAUACCUAAAGUUACACCUAGUUUCAAGGUGAAAACAUUUAAAAUGCCCGCAGAGAUGAAAGCAGAGAAAGCUGAAGGUGGGCACAAAGAUCUCCAUGUAGUCAAGAGUGAAAUACACUUGCAGAAAACAGAUAUGGAGAGUAAGAGCGAGACCAGGCUGGCUCAGGAAAGCAAAGCAACAAGCGGUGGUUCAGAGAGAACUGAUGUGAAGGAAGAGACGAAUGUAAAACAUGAAAAAACUGCAGAUAUCGAAACAACUCCGGCAGUAACGGAAACUAAACUGGAGGUUCAAAUGAAAAAAGCCAAACAGAUUUCAAAGAAAGAGCAAGUCACAAGGCAGCCAUCAUCAAUUAAAGUUGCCCCUUUGACUAAAGACAAAAAAAAUGCUUGUGUGGAACGACCCCAAGGACAGGGACAAACGACUAUCUCCCACACUCACCAGGGGACACAUUCAGAACACAGCCAAGUGCACGAGGAGACAAUAAUCACUGAAAAAGUGGUUCAUCAGAGCACAUUGAAACAAGAGGCAGUCCUCAUAGCCAAGCAGCAGGCCAAAUCUUCUCAUCAGCAAAGAGCAGACGCGAGCAGAACCCCGCAGAUUCAAGAGAGGGUUACGGGAGAGUCAAAGGCUGUCUCGGUCGAAGUAAAUCUGAAUCAGACAGCUGCAGCUUCUGUGGAACUCACAGAUGCAGAGAGAUGUCAAUUAGUGCAGAAGCUGUUAUUUCAAUUAAAGGUGAUUCAAGGAGCGCCUGGCAAAAUCGAGUCGCAAUCCAUCAAGGCAGUCCUAGGAGAAGUCCCAGACUGGCUGAUAGGAUCUGACGACAGACAGAAAAUGGCCCAGUCUGCUAGCGAGCACAACAAGAAAAAGCUUAAAGAGAUCAUUAUCUGUGUGAGAAACCUCGCCCAAACAAAGCUCAUGUCUCUGGAAAGAAACAUAGCAGCUGAGAAAAAGCCCCAAACUGAGACCACGCCCGAGAAGAAAGUUCUCCAGGUCGCCAAGAUUUCUAAGAUAAGCAUCGGCUCGUCUAAAGUGGAAACCCAGAAGAGAGCAGUCAGCGAGAGGACGACAACUCAGAUCAAAAAGCAAGAGCUGGUGGAGACCGUCGACCCCAGAGUCCCCUCCCCCUCCAUCCGGAUCCGAACUCCGUCACCCACCUUCAUCAGCAUCGAAUCAGCCAGGCGCACUGACUCCCCCCUCAGGGUGACACCGUCACCUCCGCUGUCGUUGAAGUCGGCCGCGACCCCGCCUCCCCCCAUUCGCAGGACGGACACCCCCACCUCCCGCUUCAGCGGGGCCUCCCCCUCCCCCACCCUCGGACGCUCCGCCAAGCUGGCCAAGAUGAAGGACACCACCGCCAGGCUUUCCCAGGGCAUGACCCCUCCUCCGUCCAUGACCCCGCCCCCUCCCGUGGCCCUGCCUCCUCACAUGACCCCGCCCCCUCCCGUGGCCCUGCCUCCUCACAUGACCCCGCCCCCUCCCGUGGCCCUGCCUCCUCACAUGACCCCGCCCCCUCCCGUGGCCUUGCCUCCUCACAUGACCCCGCCCCCUCCCGUGGCCCCGCGCCCUCCCAUGCCCCCUCCAGAGUUCUUCUCUGAGCUGGCAGCCGAGCGAGAGGAGCUGGAGGAGAGAGAGAUCUGGACGGAGACACUGGAGGAGACAACCAUGGACGUGACCCAGAUGGUGGACUCCAUGCUCACCGUGCGGGACAAGAAGGAGUUCUUCGAGGAGGCGCAGAAGGCGGAGGUAAACAAGAUGUACAUGCGGAAGGACCCCAUCGAAAUCCCUGAGCGCCUGGGUCCAGACACGGAAGAGUCUGUCCACGGGGUGAACGAGGACGUGCUGAAGGUGGAGCUCCCAAGGGUCGAUCUGUCAAAGCUGGUCAAUAAAUUUGAAUCCCCGCAACUGAAAGUCUACGCGAGGAAAGAUCCCAUCGUGAUCACGGAGAGACUGGGGAGCGACGCGGAGGACACGGAGGCCGAACCCAAAACACCCAAAACGGAGGAAAUGCCCGCGUUCAACAUCAAGGCGAUCAAGGACGUCUUCGAGACGGGCGACCACACUUCCCAGGCCGCCAGGGAGCUGCGCAGCAGACAGGAGAGGAGGGAGUCCGAGUGCUCAGAGCAGACCGGCUACUCCGAGGCAAAGUCUGCGACCGGGCAGUUCUACGGCGUGGCGCGUGGCGGGGCGCGGAGCGAGGAGGGGGAGCACGGCGAGAACGCUACGGCUCGCCUCAGCCCCCCGUCGUACGCAGACGUGGUCAGGGGGAACGCUUCUGAUCUGCCCGCUCCGCCCGAAGACUCCACCGAAGACAUGCUGAAGACCUUCCAUCAGUCUUGGGCCGAGAGCCAGAGCAUGUUCCAGAACUUGGGCUUCAGCACCUCCGAGCAGAGGUCGUCGCAGGUGGUCACAAGGCAGCAAGAGAUGGUGGUCACGGAAAACACGAGUUCCAGAGUCCGAACUGUGCACAGCGUGCAGGAAGAGGGUGUAUCCCAUGGAGUCACUGAUCGCAGACAAACAAAACUUCCAUAAAAACUGCUUCCGCUGUGAGCACUGCAGUGGUAAACUAAGCCUUGGCACCUAUGCCUCUCUCCAUGGACGAAUGUACUGCAAGCCACAUUUCAAACAGCUGUUCAAGUCCAAAGGAAAUUAUGAUGAGGGAUUUGGACAGAAACCACACAAAGACCUCUGGAGUGAUAAGAACCAACUG